AUGUUCAACACGGGCAAAUUCGCCGGCAAGACGGCGAUCAUCACCGGGGCGUCGCGCGGUAUCGGCAAGGAGAUCGCGCUGAAGUUGGCGAAGGAUGGGGCGAAUAUCGUGGUAGCUGCCAAGACGGUCACCCCGCACCCAAAACUCCCCGGCACCAUCUACACGGCCGCCGAGGAGAUUGAGAAGGCCGGAGGAAAGGCCCUCGCUUUUGCCGUUGAUGUCCGUGACGAGAAAUCGGUGAAUGAUUGUGUCCAGGAAACGGUGAAAAAAUUCGGCGGCGUCGACAUUUUGAUCAACAACGCUUCGGCGAUCGCGCUGACCGGCACCCUGGAGACGGAGAUGAAGCGCUACGACCUGAUGCACUCCAUCAACACGCGCGGCACCUUUUUGAUGUCCAAGACCGCGCUGCCCUACCUGAAACAAGCGAAAAACCCGCACAUCCUCAACAUUUCCCCUCCACUCGUCAUGGAUUCCCUCUGGUUUAGGAGUCACGUCGCGUACACGAUGGCCAAAUACGGGAUGUCGAUGUGUGUGCUUGGAAUGCACGAAGAGUUCCGCCAAGAGGGCGUCGCCGUGAAUGCCCUGUGGCCGUUGACCGCCAUCUGGACAGCCGCCAUGGACAUGCUCUCAUCCGGCCAGGGCGCGGACGGGUGCCGUCAUCCAGCCAUUAUUGCAGAUGCUGCCUACGCGAUGCUGUCCCGCCGUUCCAAGGAGUACACCGGCCACUUUGCCAUCGACGAAGACGUGCUGAAGGAGGAGGGCAUCACCGAUUUCAACAAAUAUGCCGUCAAGCAGGGCGCCCCCCUCAUCGCCGACUACUUCUUGCCGGCCGACCGGUUGAAGCAGUUCCAGCUGACAAUCGACGACACGAAGAGCAAGAAACGAUCGGCGUCCCGUGAAGCGAUCACGAAGGAUGUCGUCAGUCAGGAGAUUGAUAAGGUACUGAAAGUGGUGAAAGCGGCGCUGAGCGAGGAGUUGGUCAAAAAGCUCAACGGCAUCUUUGUCUUCACCGUCUCUGGCAAAGUGAACCGCUCGAUUUCGAUUAACCUGAAGGAGGGGACCGGAUCGAUUACGGAGGGGAAACCCGAGAAGGCCGACGUCGAAUUCUCGUGCUCGGAUGAGGAUUUCCUGCGGCUUUUCAACGGUGAACUUUCGGCCCUGGUCGCGUUUUCGAUGAAGAAACUGCAGAUUAAGGGCAACAUGCAAAAAGCGAUCGCCCUGGAGAGUCUGAUGAAGAAGCUGAAGAAGAAU